UUCUCUCUAUGCCUCUAUGCAGAUGACGCGUCUUUCAUUUCACUAGAUGAUCUGCAUGGACCAGUUAUCAUCACAGCAACGCAGCUUUUACUACCGGUUACCAUGGAAACGGCCUGCACAAAUUAAACCUCAUCUGAAACCAAACCAGUUCUCCAUGUCUUCACUGAAUGUCUUCAGCUCAAGGUCUACUGUUUGGUGACAGGAGUGGGUAGAACUUUGACUAGGCCAGUUCAGACUGUGUUAGCAUUAGAAGCUAACAUCCUCAGUGUUAAUAUGAACAUUCAGUUUGUUUAGAGUUUCAACCAAAACAUGUAAUAAAACUAACACUUGUUGAUGAAAUGACUUUAGUUUUUAAUGUUUUGUUUCGUCCACCAGCUCUUAAAAUGUUUUUUAGUGAUAAAUAUUGAUAAGUUUAUUAUAGUGGGGACAGUAACACUGAGAGCUUAACGUAGCCUUCAAUGCUACCUCAGACUGAACCAGUGGAUUCACAUCCAGUCCUGGACCUGCUGCUGAUACUCUGAACUGUUUUGUUGCUUAAAUGUCCAGUUCAGAUAAAUUGAUUGAUACUUAAAACAGGAAUUACUGAUCGGGUUUUAAAGAGGGACUUUAAGUUCUGAACCAGAUAUUUUAUUUUUGUGUAAAUGAUGUUCAGAGUUUCUGUUUAACAAACAUUGGAAUAAAGUUAACAAAUUAAAAGUGAGUUCAGUGGAGAAAACACUAAACAUCAAAACCUCAACAAAAUUAGAGUGAAAGUUGAUUUAAUCUGUUUGGUACAAAUUAACUCAAGAAUUAAAAAUGACAAUAUUUAUCUUAAAAACUGACAGGAUCCAGUUUCUGGUCCUCCAGACCAGCAGGUGGCGGUAAACACCGUCUGCUGUUGAACAACUAAUCUGAUCCAAUCAGAGUCCAGCGCAGCGGGCGUCCCGGUUCCGACAGAACUCCGAGGGGAAGUGGGACUCCCCCCUCCCCGACCUGUAGCUGGAAGCUCCGUCCAUGUUUCUCCAGAACCUUCAACUGAAGACCUGAGAGUUUAUCAGGCAGGAGCAGAAUGAAGGAGGAGAACCUGGAGAACCAUGAGGACCUGGAGAACCUGGAGAACCUGGAGGAACUGGAGGACCUGGAGGAACUGGAGGACCUGGAGAACCUGGAGAACCUGGAGAACCAUGAGGACCUGGAGAACCUGGAGGACCUGGAGAUUAAGACUGAGGUAAAUGUUGAGGAAACUGAGGAAGUUGAACUGGCUGAGAACCAUGAGGACCACCAGGACCCAGAACUGGACCACCAGGACCCAGAACUGGACCACCAGGACCCAGAACCGGGUUGCCACACUCUGGACCCCACCCUGACCCAAACGUCUGUCUCCUCUGGUCUGCAGUUUCAGGAAGUGUCUUGCACCCUGCUGUGCUGCCCCGUCUACCAGUCCUGCCUGUGGAAACAUCUGGAAGAUGUUCACCACGUGAAAAAUGCGUCCAAGAUCCAGCUGACCUGGUCAAACGGUCGCCCCAACAAUCAGUCACUUACAGAGCCGACUGAUGAGAGGGGCAGAGAGUUGGACCGGCCAAAGACUGCCGGAGGGACGCGGCCGGGCGGGACGCGGCUCUUCAAGGCAUUCAAGUCACGACUCAGAACGCUGGAGUGGAACAAGAGCGAACUGGAGGCAAGAGUGGGUCAGCUGGAACGGGUCCUGAUGGGGGCGGAGUGCAGCGCUGCGGCCGGCAGGGCGGAGGACGGCCGUCAGCCGGCGGGUGGACCGUCGGACCCGGGUGUUUCUGCAACGCAGUGCAAGAGGCGGAGGCAGCAGGAACUGGGCGAGGCAGCGGCGGCGGACGGCGUCUCGCCAGGCCGUUCCUCCGGGACGCAGCCCAACGAAGGAACAGGAACCACGGUCGUCACAAAGACACGGACAGAGAGGAUCUCGUCGGAGGGCCAGGAGGUUGCGUCAACGUUGACCUCCACAGGAGAUCCCAGUAGGUCCCAGUGGAUCUCUGGGGCAGGAAGAGGACAUCUGAUGAAACGCCUCCGUCUGCCCAAGUCCAUGAACGAGUUCCUGACCCGGUUCCAGCUGGUUCUGGAGGCCGCGCCAACAGCCAAGAAAGAGGCCUUGACCAGACUCAGAGGGGUCAAGGCCUUCCUCCACUUUAUGUCUGCUGGAUGCUUGAGUCUGUCGGACUGGAGCUUCUUACACAACGUGGCCAGGAUGCGGCGCUGGAUCCAGGUGAUGCUCAGCAGAGGGAAGAAGUUCAGCACCGUCCGGUCCCACCUCAGCAGCGCCUGCCGGUUCCUGGAGUUCCUGCAGGCCGCUGGGCCCCAGCGCUGCCGCCGGAUCUCAGCCACUCAGACGCAGGCGGCUGAAAUGCUCCAGGUCCUGAAGAAGACCAGGAGGGACACGGGCCGCAGAAACGUCUCCCACCUGAAGCUAUCGGGUCUGGACGCCAUCGCCGCCUUUCUCCGGCUGGCACCAGGCCGGGUGGAGAACCUCCUGGCGGAGCUGGAGACGGACUGCAGUGCCACCCGGAGCCUCUACCUGCUGUACGGCUUCCUGGCGGUGUACUGGGCGUGUCUCAGCGGACUCCAACCCAGAGUGUUCACCACCUUGACGGACGCCGACGUCUCCGAGGCGGAGAAGGAGAUGACAGAGGAGGGCAUCCUGAUCAGCGUGGCCGAGCAGCAGGCUCCGCCCCGGUCCGGUGAGGCAGCCCUCGCCUUGACGUGCCGGGAGUUCUCUUGGAUGGAGCGGCUCGUGGCCAUCAAAGCUCAGCGGGGGGGCACCAGCAAAUACACCCUGUUCACCACAGGGACGAAGAACUUCAGGAAAAUAAAGCGCUACGUGAAGCUAGCAUGGGCAGAGAUGGGCCUGAGCGGCAAGAUCAACGUCACGCUAAUCAGGACCAUCAUGGCCGACUGCGCACAAUCCGCCCCGACGAAAGGUUCUGGGAAACGGGUCGGCACCGCCGCCUCUCUGCAGGACGCCAUGAAGGUGAGGCGGUUGGUGGCUUCCAAGAUGGCGGCCCAACAACACCCAGAGCCGCUCUCAGGUUCUACACCCUCCACCCAACACUCUACCACCCUCAAACCCUCCACCGCCCCCCAGCUCUCCUCCACGGCUCGGUGCUCCUGGAGCAGCAGAAAUCUGCAGGAGGACUCCGACUCCAACCUGGAGGAGUUUGGCUCCUCAAGUUUGCCGUCAAACUCCAAAGCUGACAGAUAUGAUCUGAAGUCUGAGGGAGCGGCUGGCGAAGCCUGGAAGAGAAGAAACAUGGCCGCCUGUUUUGUCAGACUGAGUCCCUUAAAGAGAGCAGCCAGAGACUGCAGCCAGCAGCCUACAGGUCAACAGGUCACCAGAAAAACAUAUGACCUAAGGAAAAGAACAUGCCUUAAGAGGAAACAUACGUUCUGAGGAACCUAUGUUCCCACAGUUUUGGUAUUUUGAGUCGAAUUGUUUUCCUGUGAGCGCUGGUUUCGUUCUGGUUCUGGGUUAAUCUGUUCUAGAGGUGUUUCCUGUCCCUCCAAAUAAACCGUUUGUUCUUUCUACUGCCGGAGUCUCUCCAGUUUGGAGGGUCCAGGUACCAACAGGAACCUCAGGGCGGUUCAGACAUGCAUGAGGACAGACGGCGUCUCCAUCAGAACAGCCGACCCAGAACAGAGGAAAGGAAAACCUUAAACAGAAGCAGAAGACAGCUGGUCGUCUUCUGUUGGUGACGUUUCACCUCAUCAGUACGGAUUCAGUUCUGGACAUGUUGGAUCAACAGGCUGCUGGUUCUGGUCAGUCAAGAAAAUAAAAUACAUUUCUUCUAAUCGUCCAUUUCUGUUAUUCUAGAACAAAACU